AUGUUGGAAUGUAUUGAAAUACAAGAGGGCAUAGUACGACAGGUUACUUAUACAAUUUUAGUGUCCUGGUGUUCUUUAACGAUCGGCAUGUGUUUGGAGUGGACGUGGCACAAUGAUGACGUGAAAACGGAAUUCAAUUGGAGUGCAUUCGAAAAUAUGUCAAAAACUCUCAUAUACGCAGGGGCAAUCAUCAGCGCUGGACCAGCGGCGCUCGUUGCAUCGAUGCAGACGAAACUCAGAGAGGUGCUAAUCAUCGGGAUAUUUUUUACGCUCUGCGGGUCAAUUGUGCUCAUGACGUGUUCGACUAGCGCGUUGUCGACACUCGUUGCAGGACGAAUUCUGCACGGUAUGGGUGCUGGGAUUGUGUGCGUUGUCGUGCCCAAUUACGCAGCAGAAAUCACUGAGCCGAAGUACAGAGACGUGUUAAUUGGUUUGCAUCAUGUACACUUGUUAUGUGGUAUGAUUUUGUCACACAUCGUCGACGAGUAUAACAUGGAUUCAUAUAUGAUCAUGGGAACUGUAGCUAUGGCAAUUUUAAACUUGAUAGCAUUAUAUGUCAUCGAAGACCCACCAUAUUUUCAGCUGAUAUUUUAUGAAAACCUGCGAAAGAGUGAAUCGGAUUGUAAAUAUAUUGAUUUGUCGAGCAAUAGUUGUCACAGUAUGUUAAGAAAACGAGACAUCGACAAAAUAAUAUACUUAUUUUCGAUUUUCACGAAAAAACAAUAUUUUCGUCCAUUGUUGGUUAACAUCUGUUUAAUAAGUAUCCAACAAUUUAGUGGUAACAUUUCAUUGAUGUAUAAACUACAAUGUACAUAUGGAGUAUUAGUAUUUCCAUUUAGUGGAUUGGUAUCAACUAUGACUAGUAUCUUACUCAUUUCAUCAAUGUUUUGUUUACUAAGUCUCAGAAUUUUGGGAAAGAAAUAUAUAUUAAUCAUCUCAGGACUUGGCAUGGUAAUCACUUUAUUCUUGGUUAAUAGCACGUAUUAUAUGAAUAGUAUGGACUCGUUAUGGUUACCAAGUUUAAUCUUUAUCUAUAUUAUUUUUUAUUCAAUUGGAUAUGGUCCAUUGCCAUGGAUUUUGAUGCCUCAAAUUUGCCCAAGAAAAUCGAAAUUGUGGACAUCUGGCGUCACUGUAAGUCUAUACGCUUUUUUGAAUUUAAUCAUUAAUCAACCGUUUAUUGACAUUAAAAGAUAUAUGAUAUACAUGCUAAGUGGAGUGGAUAUUUUUCUAUUGAUUUUUACUGUUGUAAGUACUAUUGGUACUAUUUUUGCAUUUUUGUUCAUACCAAAAAUAAAAGACCGUAUUCCGUCAUAA